GUUGGCAUCAGUCUAAUUAGCAUGUUGAUUAUUAUUUGUUUACUUUACAACUUUUUGCUUUUUUCUGGGUUUCGUUCUUGGAGAAAAUGUGACUUCACUUAUUUUUGGUUUAAACUGUCAGAGAUAAACAAUGUUUGACUUUUCUUGUAAUGAAGAAGGUUAUGAUUUACCCGAUUGGUUAGUUCCGCUUGCCUUUAGUUCUAAAAGGCAUGCAGAAUCAAUAGAGGGCAUAAAUACAAAUACACAAAAAUGGAGAAUGAAAGAAAGGAUGAAAACUGUGAGUGUAGCUCUAGUUUUGUGCCUAAAUGUUGGAGUAGAUCCACCAGAUAUAGUCAAAACUCAGCCUUGUUCCAGACUAGAAUGUUGGAUAGAUCCACUUUCCCUAGUGCCUCAGAAAGCUUUAGAUUCAAUAGCUGCUUCUUUACAAAAGCAGUAUGAAAAAUGGCAGCCAAGAGCUAGAUAUAAACACAGUCUUGAUCCUACUGUAGAUGAAGUCAAACGGCUAUGCACAUCUUUAAGACGUAGUGCAAAGGAUGAACGAGUUUUAUUUCAUUAUAAUGGACAUGGUGUGCCAAAGCCCACAGCAAAUGGUGAAAUAUGGGUUUUUAAUAAGACAUAUACACAAUAUAUACCACUUUCUAUUUAUGAUCUUCAACAAUGGAUGGGUGCUCCCUCAAUUUAUGUAUAUGACUGCUCUUGCGCUGGACUUAUUGUUGAAUCUUUUAAACAAUUUGCUACUCAACAUGAAAGAGAAUUCGAGCUGAUUGUGAAUAAUAGUAAGACUCCUUACGACGGGCCGCCCAUGCCUUCGUAUAGUUCCUGUAUACAAUUAGCUGCAUGUGGAGCUACUCAAAUACUUCCAAUGAACCCAGAUUUACCUGCAGAUCUUUUUACUGCCUGCCUCACGACUCCUGUAAAAGUGGCUUUAAAAUGGUUUGUAUUGCAAAACAGUAAAAAACUGUUGCCAGAAAUAACUAUGGACAUAAUUGAACAAAUUCCUGGUCAAGUGUCAGAUAGAAGAACCAUGUUAGGUGAAUUAAACUGGAUAUUUACAGCUAUCACUGACACUAUAGCAUGGAAUGUGCUACCAAAAGAAACCUUCCAGCGUUUGUUUCGCCAAGAUCUUUUAGUUGCAAGUCUAUUCCGAAAUUUUCUCCUUGCAGAAAGAAUAAUGAGAUUUUAUAAUUGUACUCCUGUGUCUAAUCCACCUUUGCCAUCUACUUAUCAUCAUCAUAUGUGGGAGGCAUGGGAUUUAGCGGUGGAUACAUGCUUAGCUCAACUACCUGCCAUACUUAAAGACCCUCUUCAUGUUAAUUAUUCUUACAGUCCCUUUUUCUCUGAGCAACUUACAGCAUUCCAUGUUUGGUUAUCGAUGACACAGAAUGUUGAUAGUGUACCUGAGCAACUACCUAUUGUGUUACAGGUACUCCUGAGUCAAGUUCAUAGGUUAAGAGCUUUAGAAUUGCUUGGAAGAUUUUUAGAUUUAGGACCAUGGGCAGUAAAUUUGGCACUGUCAGUUGGCAUUUUUCCUUAUGUAUUGAAGUUACUUCAAAGCUCAGCAAGAGAACUGCGACCCUUGUUAGUUUUCAUUUGGGCAAAAGUUUUAGCGGUUGAUAGUACAUGCCAGAGUGAUCUUGUACGCGACGGAAGUUUUAAAUAUUUCUUAGCCAUUUUAGGUGAUGCUUACAUGCCAGCUGACCAUAGGACAAUGGCAGCUUUCUGUGUCUCUUGUAUUGUUAGCAACUAUAGACCUGGCCAGGUAGCAGCUAUGCAAAGUAGUGUAGUGUCUACAUGUCUUGAACAAUUAUCAGACCCGUGCCCUAAAUUGAGACUCUGGGUUGUGAUUUGCUUAGGACGCAUGUGGGAAAACUAUGAACCUGCUCGUUGGUGUGGAGUUAGAGAUAGUGCUCAUGAAAAACUCGAGACUCUGCUAACGGAUCCAGAUCCUGAAGUUAGAGCUGCUGCUGUUUAUGCUUUUGGAACAUUUUUAAACAGUACCACUGAGAGAACUGACCAUGCAAAUGCCAUCGACCAUAAUAUUGGUAUGAUGCUUAUUAACAAAGUUUCCAAUGAUGGAAGCUCAUUGGUCAGGAAGGAAGUAGUUGUUGCUUUGCAGUGGUUCCUAAUCAAUUUUGAAAAUCAAUUUGUUGCCGUCGGCUGCCAAUAUCUUGAAGAAGAGAAAGCAAAAGAGUCAUCCUCAAAUUUAUUGCCUAUAGAGGUACCUCCAUCUGUUGCAAUGAACAUAGGAAUGAGAAAAGUAUCUUCCCGUGAUCGUUUGAAAAUGAGUCUCUCUGGUUCCCCUGGAUCCAAUGCAGCAUUUGAUGUCAACCAUGUUGAUGGUCUAAAUCUUACUCUUGACCGUCUGAGAAGGGUCAGUUCAAGUACCUCCAUCAGCAGCAUGUCUUCAAACAUUCACAAUACCUAUACAGCCGCUUCUUCUUUGGGAUAUGCUUCAGUGUUUGGUAAUAUUUGGAAAACCUUAAUUAAUCUCUCUAAUGAUCCUUUCCCUGAAGUUGCAAAACUUGCAGAAGAGCUAAUAAAUUUCAUUAAGCAAAAGGUUAAAGGGAACAUUAUAAAACAAAAGGUUAGUGAAAUGCAUCGUCCAGAUGGUGCAAAGAAUGGCAAAAUGCCUUGCAUGUCCGAACCAUCGUCCCCUUCUGGAAGACCUAGUUUUUUGGCGGGUGAAUCGCCACCCACUCGCACUAAUGGAUCUCACCAAACCCCUGAACAUUCAAAACCCAGACAGAGGUGGAGUGAUGUCAAUAAUCCAUAUCAGCAAUAUCAAUUUUUUUCACAAUUUAACCGCAUACGAAAAACCUUUGACAAAGGACCUGAGAUUAGGGAGGGUGGUGAAGAAUCUGAAGAUACUCAAGAACCAAAACAUCCUUUAAUUGAAACACACUUUAUAGCCUGGAGUUCAAAAUAUUUUAGUCAACCCCUUCUCAAAACUGAUGAGAGUGAUAUGGAUAGCUCUACAUAUUUAGAAAAAGAAUGGAUGUAUCUUCGCAAUGAUACAAUUCGUAAAAGUAUUCUUGAAGAACGAAAAAAAUUAGAAAAUGGUGGCAGAUUUGAUGAACAGAUUUUCAUUAAUAAAAAUACCAAUCUUCCUACCUCAGUUAAGUUUCAUCCUUAUGAAUCUCAUAUGGUUGUCACGGAUAAAGAUUGCUACAGUAUUUGGGACUGGGAAAAAGGAUAUCUAUUACGAUCUGAGAGUUGCAAUAAUCGACCAAAUGUCAGAAUAACAGCUUUAGAUUUUCUGAAUGAACAUGAUAAUACAUUGAUGAUGAUUGGUUCAGAUGAUGGAACUGUGAAAAUUUGGAAAAAUUAUACUGACUGUGAUUCUCAACUCAUCUCUGCCUUUCAGAUCAUACAAGAGCUCUUGCCCUCAACUAGAGGAUCUGGUUUGAUACUACAAUGGGAACAACAAUCUCAAAAAUUGUUGGCCUCUGGUGAUGUGAGACAUAUUAGAAUUUGGGAUGCAGAGAAAGAAACUAAAAUUCAGGACAUUCCUACAGGAGCUGACAGUUGCUUAACCUGUUUAACAUCCACACCUGAACACCCCAGUUUAAUUGCAGCUGGUUGUGGAGAUGGCACAGUGCGAGUUUUUGACAGGAGGAUGCCUCAAAAUGAAUGCUGUCUACAUGUAUAUCAAGAGCAUUCAGGAUGGGUUGUUAAUGUGAAACUUCAAAAUAAGCAAAAUUUUGGUCAGAUAAUCAGCGGAAGUGUCGCUGGAGAUGUAAAAUUCUGGGAUUUGAGGCAUUCCAAUAGUAUCAGAAGCAUACCUCCUGCUCAUGGCAUGACUGCAAUGUCUGUUCAUCAAUCCCUCGAUUUAAUUGCUUGUGGUGCUGCAAGUGGAGGUGCUACUGUCUUUAAUCAGAGUGGUGACACGAUUAGCAUGAUAAAAUACCAUGAUGGUUUUAUGGGAAACAAAAUAGGACCUAUAAGCUGUUUAGUCUUUCAUCCUUAUAAGGCUAGCCUAGCAGCUGGAAGCACUGAUUUCCUAAUAUCUGUAUAUUCUGUAAAUAGGAAGCAUUAGAGAAAUCAAUCAAGACAAUCUUUUUUUCCCCUUCCUUAUUGCAUAAGCUAGUCAAGAUUCUAGUUAUGCUUGUGCAAUUUGUGAAUUCUGCCAAUGUGUCUUAUUGUUAUAUAUUUGUACAGACUGUUCAUUUUGUGAUCAUACGACAUUCGUCACGUGCCAUUUAUAAGCACCAUGAAAAUUAUUUAAGAAAAUGUAUAUUUUUAUAAAUAUGUUCCUUUUCCUAAAUUCUGUUACCAAUAUGUAUAUGAAAGACUUAUUUUAUCUUUAAUGAUUAUAUAAGCAUAAAAUAAAUCUAUAAACUAAAAUGAA